ACUUUUAACGAGUCAAUCCGAGAAGAGUCGCUUGGAAUCGACUCUGCAAUGCGCAUGCGCUGCGAUCCAGCACCCCACCGGCGUUGAUAGGAACGAUGCCGACAGUCAGCGUGAAACGGGACCUUCUUUUCCGAGCUUUGGGAAGGAAAUAUACUGAUGAAGAAUUCGACGAGCUCUGCUUCGAGUUCGGCCUCGAGCUGGAUGAGAUUACGUCGGAGAAGGACAUAAUCAGCCGUGAGCAGGGCGAUCAGAAAGCUGAAGGCGCCUCGGAUGUGGUGUUGUUUAAGAUCGAUGUCCCGGCCAACCGAUACGACCUGCUAUGUCUGGAGGGGCUCGUCCGAGGAUUGCAGGUCUUCAAGGAGAAAAUGGAAGCUCCACGUUACAGGCGUGUGAGUCCAGCAGACGGAGACAAGCAGAGGCUCAUCAUCACCGAGGAGACGGCGAGCGUGAGGCCCCACGCUGUCGCUGCAGUGCUGCGCAACAUCACGUUCACGCCGGACCGCUACGAGAGCUUCAUCGAGCUGCAGGAGAAGCUGCACCAGAACAUCUGCAGGAGAAGGACGCUGGUCGCCAUAGGAACCCACGACCUGGACAGCGUCGCGGGACCGUUCACGUACACGGCGAAAGCGCCGGAGGAGAUCCGCUUCAGACCGCUCAAUCAGAGCCAGGAGUACACGGCCAAUCAGCUCAUGAGCCUCUACAAGACGGACAGUCACCUGAGGCAUUACCUGCACAUUAUUGAGGACAAGCCGCUGUACCCAGUCAUCUACGACAGCAACGGCGUCGUCCUGUCCAUGCCUCCCAUCAUCAACGGUGAUCACAGCAAGAUUUCGGUCAACACGAGGAAUGUUUUUAUCGAGUGCACAGCCACAGACCUCACCAAGGCGAAGAUAACAUUGGACAUGAUUGUGACCAUGUUCAGCGAAUACUGUGCCGAGCCCUUCACGGUCGAGGAGGCCGAAGUGGUGUAUCCUGAUGGCAGGAUGUUCUCCUAUCCUGAGCUGGCCUAUAGGAUGGAAAGCCUUUCGGCAGACUUUAUCAACCGCAGAGUCGGCAUUAAUGAGACGGCAGACAGCAUCGCCAAUCUCCUGACCCGGAUGUGCUUAAAGUCCGAGGUCACGGGCGAAGCCGAUCAGCUUCAGGUCGAAAUCCCACCCACUCGCUCCGACGUCAUCCACGCCUGUGACAUCAUGGAAGACGCCGCCAUGGCAUACGGGUUUAACAACAUCGCCAGGACGACGCCACGCACCUACACGGUGGCCAAUCAGCUUCCUCUAAACAAGCUGACUGAACUGUUGAGGUCCGAUCUGGCGGCAGCGGGAUUCACUGAGGCGCUCACCUUCGCCCUGUGCUCUCGAGAGGACAUUGCUGAUAAACUGGGAAAGAACAUCGCUGACACGAAGGCUGUACACAUCUCCAACCCUAAAACCGCAGAAUUCCAGGUGGCGAGGACUACACUGCUGCCCGGACUCCUGAAGACCGUAGCCGCAAACAGGAAGAUGGCGCUACCGCUCAAGUUGUUUGAGAUCUCAGAUGUGGUGCUGAAGGAUGAAGAGAGAGACGUGGGAGCAUGCAACAACAGGCGUCUGUGUGCGGUUUACUACAACAAGACACCCGGCUUCGAAGUCAUUCACGGCCUCCUGGACCGACUCAUGCAGUUGCUGGAUGUGAAACCAGGUCGUAACCAUGGCUACCACAUCCAGGCAUCGGCAGACUCCACCUUCUUCCCCGACCGAUGUGCUGAAAUCUUUUUCGGCGGGAAAAGCAUCGGGCACCUCGGCGUCCUUCACCCCGACGUCAUCAGCGCCUUUGAACUCACCAUGCCAUGCUCCGCCCUCGACAUCGAUAUCGAGCCCUUCCUGUAACGAUGCUGAUCAUAACCACACACACACACACACACACUUAGCCACGCUCCAUGAACAUAACAUUCACUAGCUGUUACUGAAGCGUUCUGGAGCUCUGUCCAUAUCAGGAAGUAGGGGGUGGAGUCUUCUGUGUGACUUCUGUGUUUAUGCUCAGGGGCUCUAGUUAAUCAUUAUUGAACAGAUACAUUUAAUGUACCGUACACAAGUAUUUAUUAUUGUCAUCAUGUAUACAGAAAAUAAACACAUGAGCAAUUA